CAGCCCGGACGCCCUGCCCACCGAGUAGUAGGUCGGACCGGCCAUCUGCUUGUACCACGCCUCCGUCGGGGCGCAGGCGACCAGCACGGAGAUCACCACGAGGGGCAGCGAAACUUGCAUACAUCACAUCAGAGAACAAGGACAUGUGAAGACACCACCUCCCAGAGCAUCUCUCCAGCAUUUCUAAACUGACUCGAUGACCCGAUGUAACUCUUAACAUUUUCAAAAUGAGGGUUGAACUCCAGACCUGGAUCUUGACGCUGCUGUUUCUUUCAGGUGUUUUCUGCAGCAUCUGGAAAGUGGAAUAUCAGCAUGAGUUCAUCUGUGCAGUGAAAGGCUCGGCCGUUUCCAUUCCAUGUUUGUUUUACAGUUCUGACAACCAAAAGGUUCAGCGUGUGCUUUGGGGUCAUGUGAAUGCUUUUGGUAAGAAGCAAAUAAUCUCAACAAAAUCCACCGGAGGAGUCCAGUACAUUGGAGACAAACUGCAUAAUUGUUCUAUAAGAAUAGCUGAAGUGGGUUGUAAUCAUGCAGGAAAAUACAUGGUUAUGUUCAACAAAGCAAAGAGGCUUCCUGUUGAGGUUGCCCCAGUUCUUAAAGUUGUUGAUUUGACUAUUUCCAUGACAAAAUCCGGUAAAGAUGAAGCCAUCAAGGAAGGUGACUCAGUGAAACUCACCUGCGUGAAUAGCUGUGAUGACAGUAACGCUUCCUCGGCCUUCACAUGGUUUAGAAACGGAGAAUCUAUCUACGAGGGGCCUUUCCUUCAUUUCAGAAAUAUGUCUCCCUCAGUCUCUGGAAACUACACAUGUUCCCUAAAAACAUUAUUGGGAACAAUAUCAAGAGCUGUAAUCAUCAAUGUUGAAUAUGGUCCCAAGAACACGUCAGUGAUCUUCAGGCCGCCAGGAGACGCAGACGGAGGCGGCAACUUCACUCUGACCUGCAGCAGCGAUGCAAACCCCCCGGUGGAGAAUUACACCUGGUUCAAAACAGACGGUGAAGAGAUCUCACCUGUUGGACAUCAGCCUACGUUCUCCCCUGCUGACGGCGGCCAGUAUUUUUGCAGAGCCGCCAACAAACAUGGAAGUCAGAUCUCCUCUACUGCUGAAGUGAACAUGAAGAAAGAUCAUGAAACAAUUUCCAGAGAGAUGCUCAUCAUUCCUGCUGCUGGCACAUUUCUGAUUGUGAUUACCAUCAUCCUUUUGAUCAGACUUUGUAAAAAGAGAUUGAGGCCAGCAAACACAGACAGUGAUGAAGAUGAAUCGAAUACCGACUACGUCAACUGGCUCGAGAGUGAAACCAUCAUCACUGAUCUGUCUGAGUGGGGGAAUGAUGGAGUGUACAAUUCAUCCUUUAUCAUCUUAAACAGAAGAAGGGACAACAUGGAGCAGCACGCUGAUCAGGAUGGGACGGAGCAGCAAACUGUGAUAUACAGCACUGUGAACACAUAAAAUUCCUACACUUACAUAUAUUUAUUCAUUUAUAUUUCAUUUAUACAACUUGAUUAAAAAUGCAUAUAUAUUUUUAACCCAUCAUACAUUAAACUGCCCUAAUUUGGUCAAGAUCUGGCUAUAUUUUACUGAACAUUCAUUUUUUUCUUGUAUUUAUUGUGCUUUCAUACCUUCUGAAACAAAAGACAGAUUUCCUUUAUCUUUUCAAUAAAUGCAUAACAUUAAAGCUA